AUGAACCCGCUCACCUUCUUCCCGCCGCCCUCGCGCUCCCUCUCGCGCCACGGCGGCGGCGCGGGCCCGGCGCCCGGCAGCAGCGGCAGCAGCAGCAGCUCGCUCAGCUUCACCGCCGGCCACGCCUCGGGCGGCAACGGCAGCAGCAGCAGCAGCGGCACGUCGGCGUGGAGCGAGCGGCGCCACCACACGCCGCGCUCCGGCAGUGCCGGCGGCCGCAACACCGGCGGCAGCGAGGAGAACACGAGCGGGCGCAACACGCCGACGUCGGCGCACGCACGCAGCACCAGCUACGCCGCCGGCAGCCGCAGCACCAGCGGCGCAAGCUCGUCGCAGCCGCCGAGCCGCCAGUCGCGCACGCCGCCGUCGGAGCCGCAGGAGCUGGAGCGCAGCUCGCCGCCGCUCUCGCCUGCCAGCGCCGGAUCCGCAGCAGCAGUGCCGCGCGGCUCCGCCUCGCGCGGCGGCGUGGCGCGCACCAUGAGCGCCUCGCCGCCGAGCGAUGGCGAGACGUCGCCGGGCCUGGCGCAGAUCGCGUCGCUCUCGCUGGGCGCCACGACGGAGCGCAGCGCAAACGGCAAGAUUCCGGCGGGCAUGACGUUCGAUCUGCUGCGCCCCGAGGAUGUGGGCAACGCGGCGAGGAUGGAGAAGGAGGCGUACGGCGAGGACGCGGCCAGUCUCGAGAAGCUGCGCUACCGGCAAAAGCACGCGCCGCAUCUCUUCCUGGGCUGCUUCCUGCCCGCUCCGCCGCCGAAGCUCGCCGGCCCGCUCUCGAUCAGCGCCAAUGCGCCGCGGCAGCUUAUCGGCUACAUGUGCUCCACUGCCGCCUCUGCACUCACCGCGCGCAGCAUGUCGGUGCACAGCGGCGACGAGGACGCCUGGCUGGUGUGCCUGCACUCGAUCUGUGUGCAUCCGGGGUACCGCGGGCGAGGCAUGGCACGCAUGCUCGUUGAGGAGUACAUGCGGCGGCUGCGGCGCGCCGAGAACGUGCGUCGCGGCUACGAGUGUGUGGCGCUGCUGGCGCACGACGACGUGACGCCGAUGUGGGAGAAGUUCGGCUGGCGCAAGAUUGGCGUCAGCCAUGUGCAGUGGGGCACGGGCGGCUGGUUCGAGAUGCGCAAGAAGAUCGUCGAGGAUGCGUCGGCGGACGGCAAGAGCGUCAAGAGCGUCGAGAGCAAGAGCGCCUCGGACAGCGAGAGCUCGAGCGCGCAAGCUGCCGCAGAGCCGCUGCCGAGCCCUAGCUCGUUCAGCUCCGGUGCCUCCAGCCCGGCAGUAGGUAGCGCAGCGCCAUCCAGCCCCGCCACCGAAAGGGGCACUGCAGCCGCAGGCGCCUCUCCGACGCGCACUUCUCCGACGCCCAGCGCCACACCCAGCAGUGCCGCUCCGUCUGCCGCAGCCGCCCCGCCGACGUCUGCCAACGGCAGUCUGCCGGCAGGCAUGACGCAGGAGAAGCUCUUGGCCGCGCUCAAGGGCCAGUCCUCUUCGUCGCCGCCGUCAGGCCCGCGCAAUCCCGGCACGGCCUACUCGAGCGUGCUCGGACAGGCGCUGGCGGCCAAGACGGCCGUCGAGGACGCGUUCCACGCGCUUGAGGCUCGUCUCGUCAAUCGUGAGAAGGGCACAAAUAUCGCGGAGCUAUACUGCCCGCGCGAGGAGUGCGGCUGCAAGUUGAUGGGCAGAGGCAUGGCCGAGUGGGAGAUCGCCGAGACUGGACCGCUUUCGUCGCCGACGCUCUCGCUGCCCAACUCGCCGGCGCCGCCGACGGCUCCGCUGCCACCACCGCCGCCGCCUUCGGCACUCUCGCGCAUCCGCUCCGCCGUGCCGUCCUUUGGCGAGCAGAGCGGCGUGGGCCAGACGCGCACGCCGGUGCGCGGCUUCUGGAGCGUCUCGUCGCCGCUCUCCUUCGACAACAUUGGCUUCUCCAAGGACGACACGUGGGUGCCGCCGCCUCUGCCCGUGGCCUCGCCGCCGCUCGCCUCCGUCGACGAGGAAGGCGGCGCAAAGCGGAAAAGCAAGCCCGUGCGCCGGCCUAGCAUCUUCUGGAGCGCAGAGAAGAAGCGCGCUGCUGCAGAAGAAGCCACCGCUGCCGCUGCCGCUGCGGCCGCGGCUGCCAAGCCGAAGCAGUCUGAGCGCGCAGCGCAGACCGACGCGCCGGAGCUGAGCGUCAAGGUCAAGUACCUGCUCUGCGCCGAGUGCGACUGCGGCCCGCUCGGCUACGUCGUGCUGCCCGAGGCGAUGCAGGGCGGUGGCCUGGCGCACGCCGUCGGCCAGCAGAUCAAUGCACGCGACGCCAAGGCUGCCAGCGUCGAGCAGCCCGUCUUCCUCGUCGCCGCCGACCGCGUGCGCUACCGUUUCCUCAAGACGUAGCGCGCCGUCUCGUCUCUUUCUGUUCCCUCUCGCACCUCACACUGUGUCUUCUUGCUCGUCCCUGUAUCUCAUACGUCUCCUGCUGUCGCCACGCUCAAUCUCACACUCUUCUGACAUCCUAGGCUUGCACGCGGCUUCAUUGCCUUUGGCCCUGCUCGAUCCAGCGCUGAUGCCGUGUGCUGAGCUCCCGGACGAUGUCCUCCUCGAUCUCGACCUCGCCGCCCUUGCCCUUGCCGCCCGUGUGCGUGCCGUUCGGGUAGAGCUCGGAGAGGCGCAGCCACUGGUGCGUGUAUGCGCGCUCUCCUGCGCUGCCGGCGCGUGCCGGCUCGACAAAGACGACCUCCUGCUUGCGCAGCGCCAGGUCGUUGCCGAUGACGACUUGGUGGCCGUAGCGCUCGAGCGCCGCCUGCGCCUUGGGAAU